CUCGCGCAAAAGAAAAUUUUCUUAUAUUUGUUGCAUAAUGGUAUGCCACACAUAUAUACAUGUGCAUCAGAUACAUUGUAUAUCCAGUCUGGCGAGCACCUGUCCUUGUUCGCCUGGUCAGCUGGAGAUGUCUAUCUCUCCGUUCUCUUUGUUCCUGUAGAUGUAUCUGCUGAUCAACCUUUACAUACAGCCGACCUGUGCAAUGUCUUCCGUUCUCUACACGUGACGUCGAUUACUGUCAAAAGAAGACCUCCAACUCCAGGAAGGGCUUAACAGGAAACAACGCUCUAUCGCAAAAAACAAUGGCAUAGGUCCGGUGGCAAGCUGCUGUGUAUUGAUGGAGGAGGACUUUGUCACCAAACUGCUCCGGAACUCGGGAAAUUCCGCUCCGGACCAACAAAAUCGAGGAGCGUCCGGAAACACUUCUGCUAUUGGCCCUUAUCAGAACCUGAGAGUUCCGGAAGUGUCAGGAUUGUGGGAUUCGACCAUCGACCUCUCACGGAGUCAUGAUGCAACGACUACAAAAACCGCUCAGCCCCGCUGGAUGGAGGAUACAGAGUAUGCUGUGAUGGCCUACAGUAUCUACGGUUGUAUUCUCUUGGUUCUCGCUUGUGUUGUUACAGCACUUCUGGUCGUGUAUGGAAAUAUGAGAUAGGCUGCAAAACGCGUGUUUUCUACAUAAAACGGUUUGACACAACCCAGGUGCCAGAGAACUUCCUUGUCACGUGGAAAAGACUAAAGAAAAAUAACCUACUUCCUCUGAAGAAUGAGACAAUCACGUAAUAUACUAAUGCCAUAUAAUAUAUUUGUACAUGUAUACAUAUAUACUUAUUAUUUUGAGUACAAUAAAUGUUUUCAAAA